AGGGAUAUCUCCAACCACCAACAUACCAUCCCGGGACAAGGCCGAGUAUAGCCCACAAAGAUCUCCGCCACGGCACAGCCCAAGGGGGGGCGCCAACCCAGUAGUCAGGUAAUGAGUAGUUUUGAGCAGGAAACCUCAUGAGAGCUAAUAACAUGAACCACAAAUAGAUAGAUCUCGAGACAAAAUGUAAACAUUGAUGAAAGUAGUUUUGUGAGAGGAUAAAAGACGGAGGCACUAAGUACCGGAGUACAUACAGUUUGGUUAGUUUAUCGUAGUCUUCCUUAUCAGUUGUGCUUGUGAAGUUUAGUGUAUGGUACUAUUUUCAGUGUGAACAUUGUUUUCUGGUGAUUGAAAUAAAUAAGUACAGUGUCUUUAUAGGGAGUACAACAAACUAUUAUAGUCAAUGUACAGUAAAUAUGAAUACAGCUCUGGCAAGAGUGAAAGUGAAACAUCAAGUCCAUACUUCCUAGCAAAGCUUCCAAAAGCACACACUGCAAGCCCACGUCUACCCCAGCCUGUUCUGCUGUGUGAUGCCCUAAAACAAUUUGAUCUUGUACACGGUCAAUAAUGAAGUUUAAAAACAAUACUUAAAUAAGUGCAUGUGACAUAUGAGAUACUUGUAAAAAAAUAAAUGUGGGCAUGUUUUCUGGAGUGUAUCUAAAGUAUAUUAGAGAUAGCUUCCUCAUGUCUUAUCCUCAGUGAUCCACACAGCUGCGUUCACACUGCACGUAGCCCAGGGCUAACAAGCCUCCAUGUCUUAUCCUCAGUGACCCACAAUGGCUGUCGUUCCUGAGCUGCUGCUGGCCACUCUGAAUGAUUUGGGUAAAGCAGAGCUGAAUACAUUUAUAUGGUACCUUUGUCAAGGCGUGGAAGGUUUCCCUCAAUGCAUCCCAGUGAGCCAGCUGGAGUACGCUGGCAGAGAGGACACUAUCAGUAAGAUGGUGGGGACCUACCAACCUGAGGAUGCUGUGAAGAUUACACUGGAGAUCCUGAGGAAGAUGAACCAGCUAGCUGAAACUUAAAAAAUAUAUAUAUAUAAUGGUGAUGAGAAAUACGGUCUUUGCUUAAUUACUGGCCUAACACUCUUAACCACUAGGCUACCUGCCACCUCUUUAUAGGGAAUUUAUGAAAUAUCAUUAUUUAUCCUGUAGAAUUAGAAAGAUUAUCUCAAAGUACAUUUUUUAAGAGUUGUAUUUACAGUAACUUGCUUUGAAUCAACAUAAUCUAACAUAUUUUCUACUAUACUUUUUUAUCUACCAUCUCUCUGUCUCUAUGUGUCUCUCUCGCUCUCUCUCCCCCAAGAUGGCCCUGUUGGAGCUCUAGGAGAUGGUUUUAACAUCUUCUUCAGGGAGACCUACAGGACAUUUUCAGCCAGUCCACCGUGAUGUGAAGCCCCACAACAUCCUGUUGAAAGACCACUCUGGCUCAGUCACGGUCAAGAUCUCAGACUUUGGGAUGAGUAAGCAGUUAGUGGACGGCAGACAAAGCUACAGCAUGAGGUCGGGAGCCCUUGGCACCAUGGGCUGGAAUGCCCCAGAGGUCCUGGAUGAGAGCAGGAAAGUAAACCCUAUCUAUGUAAAUUCUGGUUGUAUAAAGGAGGGUUCGUCAGAGAUCUUCUCCAUGCCAUGAGAAAUAAGGUAUGGGUGUCUGUCCAGCUAAAUGAACAACAAUACUUUUAAGAUGUACUAUUUAUGGCUGGAGGGAAGGAGUGACACAAUUAUCAUUUGAUGUAACAGUGUAUGCAUACACUUCUCUGUGCAACAGCCUCUUAUGUGUGUUUACCUGAUUAAAGAUGGACGUUUAUAUUAAUCGUUCUUCUUUUGUCCCCCUCCUAUAGAAGCACUCUGAUUAAAUGUUCUCUUACCUCCCCUCA